UGUAGAUACUGAAAGCAUUUCUGGUUUCGGGAUGGAAUCAAUUUCUGGUUCCAAAAAUUGCGAUCGGAGGACAAAGGUCAAAGAACUGCGAUACAUUUGUGGAAUUUCUUGUGAAGAAUUUAAAAAUGUGAUAUACCCGAAGCGAGUUCCAGUUGUGCUUAGAGGAUUUGACCUUGGAUCCUGCACGAGCAAAUGGACCGUAGAGUAUUUGGUAUCACAGGCUGGAGACAAAAAUGUUACCACUCAUGUCUCAGAAAUCCCACAGAUGGAUUUUCUAAAUAAAAAUUUUCUCUAUCGGAUUUUACCAUUCUCAGAACUGGUCAAACGAGCAUCACAAGAUUCCAAUGAAGAAUUUUUCAUUUGUCCGGAGGAGAAAUACUAUCUGCGUUCGUUAGGAGACGACCCACGGAAUACAGUUGCAAACAUCGAAGAACAGUUUCCGCAAAUAGCAAAUGAUUUGAACAUUCCGGAUCUUUUUCCUGCCAAAUCCUUCUUCUCCAGUGUCUUCCGUAUUGCUUCAAAAUCAACCCAACUCUGGACCCACUAUGAUAUCAUGGAUAAUAUACUGAUGCAAAUCAAAGGCCGUAAACGAGUUGUGCUGUUCAGCCCCCAAGAUGCUCACUACCUUUACCUCCAAGAUGGCAAAUCUACAGUUUUAGACAUUGACAAUAUAAACACGGAGAAGUUUCCAUUAUUCCUGAAAGCAACUCGGUAUGAGUGUAUCUUGGAGCCAGGGGACAUUCUCUUUAUCCCAGCUCUGUGGUUCCACAACGUUAUAUCAGAGGAGUUUGGAAUUGCUGUCAAUGUUUUCUGGAAACACCUGGAUCCCACUCUCUAUAACCCCAAAGAUCCCUAUGGAAACAAGGACCCUUUAGCAAUGCAGAGUGCUACACAGAUUGUCGACCGAGCGAUAAAAACUUUGGGUGUUUUGCCUCCUGAAUAUAAAGAUUUUUAUGCCCGUUUGUUGGUCUCUCGAAUUGAACGUAAAUGUUAUUUAAAACAGUCAAAUGAUGACACAGAAGAACCAUCUAUGGAAGACUCAUGAUAUACAUAUAUAUAUAUAUAUAUAUAUAUAUAUAUUAUGUCUGGGGAGGGCCAUUCUCUUUCAGUGCCUUAU